AUGAGCGAGAAUUUAGGACUCAGUUCAAAAAUAAUCGAAUCUACUAAAAAGAAAUACGCAAGAUUCCGUUAUACUCAACAACAGUUAGAGGAGGCUCUUACCCGUAUAACAAAUAACGAUUUGUCUAUUAAUAAAGCCAGCAAAAUAUACGACAUACCCAAAUCAACGUUAAGUAAUAAAUUAAAUAAUAAAGUACCAUGGCAACGAAAAAUGGGUCCAUUAACACAACUAACUUUCGACGAAGAAAACAAGCUAGCAGACUGGAUUUUAACAAAAGCUAAACUUGGGUUUCCAAUGCACCCGGAAGAAGUUUAUGAUACUGUGGAAAUAUUCUUGAAACAAAAUGAGAGGGAGAAUAAAUUUACAAAAGGCCGACCGGGGAAAAAAUGGCUUACUUUGUUUUUGCGAAGACAUCCCGAAGUAACUAAAAGAAACGCUGAAAUAAUAUCAAAAGCUAGAGCAGCGGUUACAGAAGAGGCCAUCAGAAAUUGGUUUACUGAAUUGAACAAGUUUUUAGAGGAAGAAAAUGCCUUAGACAUUAAAGAUGACCCGACUCGUAUUUUCAAUUCAGAUGAAACUGGCGUCAUGACUUGUCUUAAAACGGGGCUGAUUUUGGGGCCCAAAAAUUAUAAAAAUACAUACGAAAUCGCAAGUGGGAAAGAAAAAGAAUCAAUCACAGUCCUAUGUACAUUCUCUGCUGAUGGUACUGAUGUACCACCGUUUGUUUUGUAUCCAUAUAAAAGAAUGCCACCAGCCGUAAUUCAAAAUUUCCCAGAUACUUGGUAUAUUGGUCGUUCCGACAGCGGGUGGAUGGUAUCAGUUGUAUUUUUUACCUACAUUAAGUUAUUUUAUGAAUGGUUGGUAAAAAAUGAAAUCCGGUUGCCUGUAUUGCUAUUUCUGGAUGGCCACAAGUCCCAUAUCAAUCGUGACAUGUUUGAUUUCUGUCGUGAAAAAGGAAUAAUGAUUUUCUGUUUAUAUCCCAACUCAACUCAUAUUUUGCAGCCCUGUGAUGUAGGAAUAUUUGGACCGUUGAAGAAAAAUUGGAAAAGGGUAGUGAGAAAGCAUAAACAGGCAUCCACUGUACCUAUAACAAAACAAAAUUUUGCUGCGUUGUUUAAAAUAGCUUACGACAGAAGCAUUAAGCCAACUACGAUAAAAAAUUCAUUUAGAGUUUGUGGUUUAUAUCCAAUGUCUCCAGAUGCAGUUGACUACUCACGCUGCAUAAGUAAUAGAAGGCAAGAAAUUGCGCAACAAAACCAAAAAGGCACCACAACCUCUAGUCUUCAUGACCAAAAAAGAUGA